UUGUUGGUCGACCGUUGGAUUGAGUUUGGGUUGAUCCAACGGCGGGAGCGCACGCGAGGCGGCGAAUGGAUCGGUGGCCACGGAGGGAUUGGAAGAAGAAGAAGAAGAAGAUAGGGAAGAGCGGAGCAGAGGAGAGGAGUCCCAGCGCGCGCGCAGCCAUGGCCACCGCAACCUCCUUAUCCCUCCACGGCCAUGGCCUCGGCCUCCCUUCCCCGACCGCCAAGACGCCGGCGCGGAGGCUGCUCCCCGUCACCGUCAGGGCCAUGGCGCCGGCCAGCCCCAGCAAAGGUGAAGCUGCUGCGGUGGAGUGCUCCCCUUCCCCGCGGCGGCAGGUGCUGGUGGCGGGGGCUGCCGUGGCCACCGCGGCGCUCGUCUCCCGGCCCGCUCCGGCGGCAUUCGCGGCGGCGGACGGCAAGUUCAUGCCGGUCAUCGACCGGAAGGCCGGCUACUCCUUCGUCUACCCAUUCGGAUGGCAGGAGGUGUCUGUGCAAGGGCAGGACAAGGUGUACAAGGACGUGAUCGAGCCGCUGGAGAGCGUCAGCAUCAACAUGAUCCCCACCACCAAGGAAGACAUCCGCGACCUCGGCCCGCCCGACCAGGUUGCCGAGGCCUUGGUGCGGAAAGUUCUAUCACCACCCACGCAGAAAACCAAGUUGAUCGAGGCCAAAGAGACCGAUAUCGAUGGAAGAGCUUACUAUACUUUCGAGUUCACAGCUCAGGCUCCAAAUUUCACAAGACAUGCACUUGGCACGAUUACCAUAGCGAAUGGCAAGUUCUACACGUUGGCGACGGGCGCAAACGAGAGGAGAUGGGACAAGAUGAAGGAUAGGCUACAUACAAUCGUCGACUCAUUCAAAAUCGAAACAAAAGUGUGAGGGGUAUUUGAUGCAUUGUGCUGAUUUUCUAUUUUUGGUUUGUUCGUUUUCGGAGCUACAGCUGGCGUGAGGUUCAAUGGCAAAUGUCGGGAAUACAGAUUCUACUGAUCUUUUUUCUUUUCUUUUCUUUUCUUAUGAAAUAUGUGAUUUCAAAUACUAUUGUCUAUAUGUAUAUCAUUUCACCCUCUAUAAUGCGAUCCUUGGAGUACGGA